AUGGAUUGGGAGACACCAAAGGACCCUGGAGAAUAUGCCUCUCCUGCCGCACAACGCCUGAAGCUUACCACGCAAGACGGCGAACUGGAGGUGGUCGAGCUAGAGCCUGCUACUCGCAAGCAGACGUUCCCGUUGGCAUGGAACGGCAGAAAUCGGGCAAACCUUCUCGAGGUGCUAGAGGCGGCUAGAGACUCUUCCCGCGAAGGGUACUUGGACCGCGCAGAGGCGGAGUUCACGGAAGCUCUUGAGGGACACCGCUAUCUUCUCACACCCACACAUGAAGAGACUGUGAAAAUUGCCUAUGAGCUGGCAAACUUCUAUGCCGAACAGGGACGUGUGAGGGAGGUGGACCAGGUGCUAGAAUGA